UGCUAUGGAAAGAUGCGAUCAGAAAGCUGACGAAUGGCAGCUUUUCCUGAGUGGUCAUUUCGGUAAUAGUGGCUAAAACAAACAUAGCGCGAUAUCAACCCUCCAUAUACGGUGUCCUUUGGUUGGGGGAACCAACUGCGUAUGCACGGAACAAUACUUUUAAAGAAAUGCCCAUUCUGUAGCAAUACAACGUAGACUUUCCUCGGCGUUUUCAGCUCGAGAGCUCCAGCAUGUCUAAGCGGCGCUCUUUGGAGAGGGGGGCCGGAGAGACCUCAGGCAGGGCCAGCAAACUCCUGUGUCCUGGAAUAGCUGGAAGCAACGCCAAGAGGGCAGGUCCCUUCGUCCUGGGGCCUCGUUUGGGGAACUCGCCCGUGCCAAGCAUAGUGCAGUGUCUGGCCAGGAAGGAUGGGACGGAUGACUUCUACCAGCUAAAGAUUCUGACGCUGGAGGAGCGGGCAGACGCGGCCGGGGAGACCCAGGAAGAGAGGCAGGGGAAGAUGCUGCUGCACACCGAGUACUCCCUCCUCUCUCUGCUACAUAACCAGGACGGAGUGGUGCACCACCAUGGCCUGUUCCAGGACCGGGCGUACGAGAUUGUUGAGGACCCGGAGGCCAACAAUGGCAAGGUGCGCCGGAUGAAGAAGCGGAUCUGCCUGGUGCUGGACUGCCUCUGUGCGCACGACUUCAGCGACAAGACUGCUGACCUCAUCAACCUGCAGCACUACGUCAUCAAGGAGAAGCGGCUGAGCGAGCGCGAGGCCAUCGUCGUCUUCUAUGACGUGGUGCGCGUGGUGGAGGCCCUGCACAAGAAAAACAUAGUGCACCGAGACCUGAAGCUUGGAAACAUGGUGCUGAACAAACGGAUUCACCGGAUCUCCAUCACCAACUUCUGCCUGGGCAAGCACCUGGUGAGUGAGGACGACCUGCUGAAGGACCAGCGAGGAAGUCCAGCCUACAUCAGCCCUGACGUUCUGAGUGGUCGGCCGUACCACGGUAAGCCCAGUGACAUGUGGGCCCUUGGCGUGGUGCUGUUCACCAUGCUCUAUGGCCAGUUCCCCUUCUACGACAGCAUACCUCAGGAGCUAUUCCGCAAGAUCAAGGCUGCAGAGUACUCCAUCCCAGAGGACGGGCGUGUGUCGGAGAACACUGUGUGUCUUAUACGGAAGUUGCUGGUGCUGGACCCCCAGCAGAGGCUGACCGCAGCAGAGGUCCUGGAGUCUCUCAGCGGCAUUAUCGCCUCAUGGCAGUCAGUAUCAUCUUUGACCGGUCCUCUUCAGGUUGUACCGGACAUCGAUGACCAGGUCAGCCACCCAGAGCAUCUCCAGGAGGUGAAGGUGACGGAGGAGUCGUCGCAGUACGAGUUUGAGAACUACAUGCGUCAGCAGCUGCUACUGGCCGAGGAGAAGAACACUAUUCACGAGGCCAAGGCCAGCUUCCUCGCCAAGCGCCAGUUUGGCGCCAUCCCGCCCGUGCGGCGCCUGGGCCACGAUGCCACGCCCGUCAGCCCUCUGGACGCCGCCAUCCUGGCCCAGCGCUUCCUCCGGAAGUAGCCCCUUCGCCCCUCGUCUUGCCCUCUGUGGGACACGUUGGGUGAGGAACACAUAAGGGUUGGGUCGGGAAGGGAACCUAAAACUGAGAAUGUCGAUGGGAGCUUAGCCCCAGCCAGACCCUCCCUUGGGUAGAGGGGCCCCUAGAUGUGGUGAGUUAGGUAGGUGGAGUGGGAACAGACAUGGGGGAGCACCAGAACUGAUCACUCACCUGACAACCUCUCAUCGUUUUCACACUUCAAGUCUGGGUGUCGGCGGUGUGCACAGGAAUGGGAUGGCUGGAGAAUCUGAAGAUCUGAACCAAAGGCUUCCACCGAACCCCACUGAUCUUAAACACACGCUGCUCUCAGCCAGCCAGCUAUGGGCACAUAUGGACUCAUACAGGCCAGGGGGAUUCCAGACACGCGUGUGUGUUUCCCUCUGCUGAAACCUGGCCAUCACCCUCCUACCUACCCCCAUUUAUUUCAGAAAACCCUGAGCAAUACAGGGCCAGAAGAACCAUGUAGCAACCUUCCUCUAACCUCCCUCCCUCAACUCUCCAAACUGAGAUCACCUGAUCAUGGACGUCACUCACUCACGCGCCUGCCCGCUCACUCUUUAGUUUCCUCAUAACCAAAAUGAUCUGGACUUGUCCUGUCUGUCUCUAAACUACGACUUCAAAUCUACCUCUCUCAAUCGCUUUCUAACCAUGUGUGCAUUUUACGCCAUGUCCACCAUUCUCAAAAAACAAGGAAUUGUAGAGGUAAUGUUGUCACCAUAGACAGAAAGCAUUACUAUGUUUUGGUGCAUAAAGGUUUGGAAUGUGGAAUAUGAAUAAGCUUUUUUCCUUAUGAGUAAUAAGUAGCAUUUUACCCUUCUAUCCAUUCUACAUUGAAGAUGCUAACUAUCAAAGGGUGGCCAAAUCCUAUCUUUAAGUCUAGCAGAUUGCAUUGUUUUCUUGCUUUCGCUCACCCCCUAUGGAACCAUUACCAUUUAGGCAUCUAGUGUCAAGUACCUGGAAGUUGUGAUGCCAAGAGCUGGAUGGGGGGGAAGUUUAUUAGACAUUUAUUAGAUGUUUAAUGUUGAUCCUCUCUCGUUAUUGCUGUUCUAAAUGGCAUCUUUGAUUAAUAAUCGAGACGUGGACACAUUUCUUUGGGUGAAAAAUCAUGGAGCGUCUUAACUGAUUGUUAGCCAAGGAAAUUAUACCUCCCCCUCGUUCACCACUGAACAACUUCCAGGUAUUCAACUUCCCACUUAUCCUGUGUGACAUCAUCAUUGUGGGACAAGUAUUGGGCAUGAAUGUGAAUGAAUUGUAAUGCCAGUGAUUGCCAGUGUGUAGAUAAGUCUGAUUCCGGCCAGGGGUGUAUUAGACAAAGCCAGGGCCUUUUCAGUGGUAGGUGCAGACUAGAGCCACAUUAUUUAAGCCCAGUGAGUCAGUGCAGACCCUUAAGCUAGCCAUCCUCCCAAUCUCUUUAUCUUGCCUGCCUCCGUUGCUUGCACACACCGAGAACAUACAGGCGUUUUCUAAAACUGGCUGGACUGAAUGUGUCCACUGAAAGAUGGGCAUCCCUCAUGUUGCCUGUCUUAGUCGUGAAUGCUCUAGUGUGUAGCAAUGUCUUAAGUUUAAAAUCAGACAACAGUAAUGCUCAUAGUACUCAAGCCCCUUUAGCUGUUGUAAGUUAUAUUGUAGUAGCUCAUCAUGAAAGACUUAACUAUGAUGAUCGUGAUAAUUGAAUAGAUAGUGUCAUAUUUCAUAGAGAAACUCAACAAUGAGGUUGCGUCUCCGUCACUCGGUCGCGUCAUUCCAUUGUUAUGCCUCCCUCUGCUGGCGGCGCCAUAGUGGUGCCAAACGUCGUGAUAAAUCCAAUCAUUCUGGACGGAGGCUAAAGGCUGGUUCGUCUAAGUUGCACUAGUGUCCUGGAAAUACGAUGACAUUGCUAAAGUAGGUAGAUAUUUGGUAGGAAACAACUUUGCCAUUGAUCAUGUCGUCAAAUUUACUUUAGAAAGAUGGCAAUGUUGUCGUUAGUUAGCAAAGUUUGUCAAAAGUAGCUAGCGAUGCUAACGUUAGCUAGCUAAAAUCCGGUGGGCUCCCCUUUAAAUUUAGCUAGCUAGCUAACGUUAUACUCCAUCUAAAGUCAAUCUGGCGACAUCAAAAUGAUAAUUUUCUUUCCAAGCCACAGUAACGCACUUUUGAUUAAAUCUUAAUCAGCGGUCAUUGAGUAGAAUGCUCAGUCAGUCAUCAGUCCAAAACAAAUGUUCAAAACAAUAUUGUAAAGAAACGUGUAACCCAUGAUUAGGCUCAUUGGUUAGUUGGUGUUGGGGCCUUUAGGUGUUGAUGCAUUCACAUCUUUACCAAAAUGUUGCUGAACUACUAACUCGUGAACAAUAUUAGGCAUCUGUUCACAUAAGCUUGCCCAUCUUUAUGGGUAUCCGCAUUGCUUAGACCUCCACCCUAUUUAUAUCUAAAUUGAUCACAUGAGUAGAAACUCGAGUCAGUCUCCUAUGUCAUUGUAUGUUGUAUUUUUCCUUAAUUUCAUGUAUGUUGAUUUAUUUAUUCACUGUCCAUUUUCAGGCAUCAAAUCUUUGUCAUUAUUGCUUUAAGCAAGAAGUGUUCUGGUUCCAUUUGUUUCUUCAGACAUUGAAACUUGAGCCACCAUUGCAGUUUUUUCUCUCUAUCAGCUAUCUUCAUUAAAGAAGUUCUCUUUAUUAUAAUUUUUUGCCAUUGCCACACACUCGUGGUCGAUUUAAGCUACACUAAUAAUGAGACGGACUGUAUAGUUCUAUUUUUUACACAGAAAAUAAUCGCACAUUAUAAAUAAUGAUUUAUGGUAGUGAUGUACUGUUUAUUAGCCUGGUCCCAGAUCUGUUUGUGCGGUCUUGCCAACGCCUAUUGCCUUGACAAUGACCAGCACAAACAGAUCUGGGACCAGGCCAACUGUUUAUCGCCCCAUACCAGACUUAUGGUCAGUAUGUAAAUAUAAUACCAACAUGACAGCGACAACACCAUGAGAGCUGCCAUCUACAUCUAGUGGAAUGAUACCAGCUCUGAUCAGGGGUACAUUCAAUGUGGGGAAAUGUUCCAAAUGUUGCAGCUAGAUAUGUGUUGAAUAGAACUGACAUGAUUCCGAAUUCAACAUGACAGAAAAUCAUAUCUUCAUUUCUAUCUGAACGUUUUGUAACAUUGCACACUCCUGAACAGCCCUGCUUUAACACAAAUGAUAUAUAUAGACAUGCAUUAGAGGCGAUGCUAGCCACCACAUUUUGAGAAAAAAUAAUAAUUAAAUUAGAUUUUGAGAAAUGUUCGCUUUUUCCCCACCUCAAUGUGAAUUUCUGGGUAUAAAAGCAGUAUUGUAGUUGAUAGUGUGUCAGUAGUUCAUGAGAAAAUUGUGUUUUGUGAACACCACAGCCCUUGCUGAAGUUGAAGGCAAAUUUGUAAUCCCAUCUUACUUGAGGGUGACCAUAACCCACUAUUGGAUAUAAAUAUGUAGGUUUAUUAGAAAAUACCCUUGAUAGUAAUGUAUUAUCUGUAGCAUUAUCAAGAUGGUGUUCACAUUUUAGCUUUUGGAAUUGUUCCAUUUGAUGUCUAAGAAAGUUGUCCCCUUCAUAGAUGGUCUGUGGACUGAAAGCACCAUACGAAGCAUGAUGUUGAGCUCUUUGUAAAAUGUGAUUUUGCAUGAUUUUUUUUACUUGCAAGGUGGUCCCACAAUCUAGUUCCCUGAAAUCAACCAACCAGGAAGAAUUGGGAAUUUGAGUCUUACAGAAAAACCUAAUGUUUUUCAUAAUACAACUGAUUUUUUCAUUUAAUGAAUAUUCAACAUUAUUUUUCAUUUUUACCAUAAUUCUAAAAUUGGGGAAAUGUCUGUCAGUUUAACUAUGUAUUUGAUUUGCUGAAUAUUUCAACUGGAAAAUAGAUUAUGGUGUAUGAUGUGGUGGUAAAACUUGUUGAAACCAGCGGGAUUUGUGUUGUAAGCUGCUUGGUUGGAUAUGGGCAUCUAAUACAAAAACCUGGCUAAUUGUACAGAGAUUUAGAAAAGUUUGUAUAAAAGACAUAUUUUUGUACUUCAUCAAAUCUCUACAUGCAUGUCAGCAAUAAACUUUGAUAUGGAAAAAUA